AUGGCGAGAUACCCAACCCAGGCGCUAUCGCUGGUCCUACUAGCCCUCAAUAUAGUCGUUAGAGAGAGUCCGUGCUACGCUCAAAAAAGCGCUAUCUCCAGUACGAGUUCAAAUUUUCCGCAAGCCACCUAUACCGUAAAGGUAGGCUCAAAAGAAUCUCCGCACGGCUACUCACCCGCUAUCGUCUACGCAAAUAUUGGCGACGUGAUCAUCUUCGAGUUUUACCCGCGCAACCACUCCGUAGUCCAGGCGGAUUUCCUUGCGCCAUGCGCGCCCUCGUCGAAGACACGUUACUUCUAUUCAGGGACCUUCAACUCCUUCAACGAGUAUGAUGGCGUUUUGGUUGGGGAGAACAAGACUAUGAGCUGGGCAGCCCAGCAAUCAAAGGCCAAGGAGUAUCCAUAUAUGCUAGUUCCAGGCCAAGCACCGCCUGCUGAAAGUGAUGGCAGUCCGGUACCGACUUCCUCUUCAUCUACGACAUCGACGACAACAUCCACUUCCACUUCAACCUCGACCUCACACCCACCACCACCGUCACCGGAGCUAAGUGACGGGGCUAUCGCUGGCAUCGUAGUCGGAUGCGUCGCCGUUGUCGCCCUUAUUGGCGCGCUACUCUUCAUACUUGGUCGCAAUCGCGUCUAUCGUAGGUGGCUGGAGUCGGAAGACAGCACUAGCGAACGCACGCGACGAUGGACCCUGGGCGCUGGCGACGGGCUAUUUAGUCACCCCUCAAAGCCCCCGGACCCUAGACACAUGAGCUGGGAUGGACAGGGCAUGUACUCCCAAGGCCCUGAUGGAGAGAGGCAGCCAGAGAUGGGCAUGGCUCGAGACCCUCGAAUGGCGGAGUUGACUGGCUCACCACCACCGAUACCUUGA